AUGGCACCACCACCACCACCACCAAAGCUCCUGCUAUGCCACCAAGGCUGGACGGGACGCCACUGCGACCAGUGCAUCCGGUAUCCGGGCUGUCUCCACGGCACCUGCCAAAAGCCCUGGCAGUGCAUCUGCGACGAGGGCUGGGGUGGCCUCUUCUGCAACCAGGAUCUCAAUUUUUGUACCAAUCACAAGCCGUGCCACAACGGCGGCACCUGCUUCAACACCGGCCAGGGCUCGUACACGUGCUCGUGCGCCCCCGGCUUCGCCGGCACCGAUUGCAAGGAGCCCCUGCUCGACUGCACCGCCGAGCCGUGCAUGAACAACGGCACCUGUCUACCCUACGUCGCGCCCAACGCCACCCGCAAGUACCGCUGCACGUGUCCGGCCGGCUGGAGGGGCAAACACUGCGAGAUCAGCUCGAAAUCGUGCAAGGAUCAGCCGUGCGCCCGGGGCGCCACCUGCGAGGACGACAGCGAGCGCGGCUACAGUUGCCAUUGCCCGGCCGGCUUCACCGGGCCCGACUGCGACCGGCCCAUCGACGAGUGUGCCCCGAAUCCCUGCGCCAACGGAGCCACCUGCACCGAUCUCCUGGCCGGCUUCAAGUGCCACUGCCCGGCCGGCUUCACCGGCGAGCGCUGUCAGAUCAACGUCGACGACUGCCAGGGCAAUCCCUGCCUGAACGGCGGAACCUGCAUCGACCACGUAAACAGCUUUCGCUGCCAGUGCGUUGCCGGCUACGUCGGCUGGCUCUGCCAGGACAAGGUCGACUACUGCGUGACCAAGCCCUGCGCCAACGGAGGCUCCUGUCUGUCGACCACCAACGACUACCAGUGCGUCUGCCGGCCCGGCUUCGCCGGCAAGGAUUGCAGCGUCGACGUCGACGAGUGCAAAAGCUCGCCCUGCCAACACGGUGGCACCUGCCGCAACCGCGUCAACGGCUUCAGUUGCGACUGCACCGACGGAUGGCGGGGCGAGACUUGCGCCGAGUCCUCGGCGAGGCCCGGCUCGGCCGGCUACUGGUCCGCCGCCCGGCCACCGUCCUCGGCCACCCAAACCAACAACCGGCCGGUCGCCGCGGGCCCCGAGGCACAACACGCCGCCCUCACGACCGAGCACGUUGUCGUCAUAGCCACCAUCUCGACGGCCGUGCCGGCUUUCGUCCUCGUGGCCGCUCUGGCCGUCAUGUGCAUGAAACGCCGGCAGAAGCGCGAGCAGGCCAAGGCCGAUGAGGAGGCGCGCCUGCAGAACGAGCGCAACGCCGUGCACAGCAGUAUGAGCAAGCGCGCGGGCGCGCUAUUGUCGCCGCAGCUCGAGCCGGUCCAGUCGGCCGGUGACAGCCACAUGAUCAAAAACACGUGGACGGGCCAGCCGGGCUGCGGUCAAACAGCCAUCAACCAGGCGAAGAGCGUCAACAACGCGAUGGCCUCGGUGGACGGGUCGUUCGAUGGCUCGCUGCACGAGGCGUACGGUAAACAGCAGCAGCAACAGUUGCAGCAACAGUCGCAGCAAUCGGCCGACUCGCAGUUGCCGGAAAUCUCGCGGCCGCGGCCGACCAAGCAGUUGAACACGGAGGCGGCGGCGCAUCGGGCCUCCCAGCAUCUCUACCAAAAGGAUAAGGACUGUCUGCUGGGUGGCUUGGCGUCCUCGUGCCACCAGCUGAUGGACUCGAAACGCUCGUCGAGCUUGUUUUCGGCGCCAGCCUCGGAGCCCGGCUGCUGCUCCGGCUCGUCGUGCUCGGACCUCAAGAGGCCAAACACGAGCAUAUCGGAGCAGGGCCCGCCGGACGAUCAGAUGUCGACGCAGGGCUCGGACACGCCCGGCUGCGGGGUCUACGUCAUCGACGACCACUACAGGCACGACACGGCGACGCUCGCCUCGACCCUCGCCACCGAGGUCUAG